CAAUGCGGGGGAGGUAGUGGAAGCCGCAGCGAGGGCGAGGAGAGGAAGAAGCGAGUGAGGCUCCUUCCGGCAGUGAAAUGCGUCAUGAUGAAGUUCGUGAUGAAGAUCAUGCUGUCGUUUUCUCUGAUGUGUAUCAUGAUCAUGAUGUUGUGCGGGAACCAUCUCCCACUCUACACGAGAUAAAUGAAGCUGCAAAUGCG